AUGGUUAUCAAUAUGGCAGAGCCGUUAUCCCAAGUACCCACUGCUACAAAAAUGGCGUCACUUAACCGGGUCCGAGCUUUGGCGAUGAUUUUCUUAACUGUCACUGGCUGUUGUGUCGCCCCGACAAGUGGCAAGGAAGGGUCCGAGGAGACCGUCAUCAUAGGGCUCCGACUGGAGGACACGGACGACAUUUCCUUCAUGGAUAAGGGGUACCUGCGGGUGAGUGAGCGCUCUCGGGUGAAAUUGAGGGUGUACGGGCAGAACAUCAACAACGAGACCUGGUCCAAAAUUGCUUUCACGGAACAUGAGCGGAGCCGGGCGGUAGGGAGCGUUGACAGCUCCUCGGGGGAUAACCAGAGCCAAGAGGACCCGUCCGGCUUGCAUCCCUGCGGCAUUAGGACUUCGGAUAUAAUUAUAUUGCCUAACAUCAUCCUGAAUCGAAAGACCUCCGGAAUAGUUGAAAUUGAGGUCAAACCUCUGCGAAAGACGGAGAGGAGUAAAGCGUAUUACCUUUGCAUCGCCACCUCCACACCGGCCGUGGCCGGGAUGCACGACCCGUGGACGGAGAACACUUGGAUCUACCACGAUGGGGAUGAUACCAAAGUGAUAGUGGUGGAGGAGAAAAAGUUUCUGCUGCCUUUCUGGCUCCAGGUCAUCUUCAUCUCCAUGUUGCUUUGCCUGUCAGGUAUGUUCAGCGGGUUGAACCUGGGGCUCAUGGCUCUGGACCCCAUGGAGCUCCAGAUAGUCCAGAACUGCGGCACGGAAAGGGAGAAGAAUUACGCCAAAAAAAUAGAGCCGGUCAGGAGCCAAGGGAAUUACUUGCUUUGCUCGCUUCUGCUGGGGAACGUGUUGGUGAACACCACGCUGACCAUCCUGCUGGAUGAUAUCGCCGGUUCGGGUUUGAUCGCGGUGGUCAUGUCCACCAUUGGAAUAGUCAUUUUUGGAGAAAUCGUGCCCCAGGCCAUCUGCUCCAGACACGGCCUCGCGGUCGGUGCCAACACCAUAUUCCUCACCAAGUUCUUCAUGCUGCUCACCUUCCCGGCUUCCUACCCGGUGAGCAAGCUUCUGGACUACCUGCUCGGACAGGAGAUAGGAACCGUGUACAACCGGGAGAAGCUUCUGGAGAUGCUGCGCGUCACGGACCCCUACAACGACCUGGUGAAGGAGGAGCUGAACAUCAUCCAGGGCGCGCUCGAGCUCAGGACUAAGACCGUGGAGGACGUGAUGACUCCGCUGAGAGAUUGCUUCAUGAUCCCCGGGGAUGCCACCUUGGACUUUAACACCAUGUCCGAGAUCAUGAAGAGCGGCUACACGCGCAUCCCGGUCUUCGAGGGCGAGAGGUCCAACAUAGUGGAUCUGCUCUUCGUCAAGGACCUGGCCUUCGUGGACCCGGAUGAUUGCACCCCGCUCAAAACCAUCACUAAGUUUUACAGCCACCCGUUGCAUUUUGUGUUCAAUGACACCAAGCUGGAUGCAAUGCUGGAGGAGUUUAAAAAAGGAAAAUCCCACCUGGCCAUAGUUCAGAGGGUGAACAACGAGGGCGAGGGAGACCCUUUCUAUGAGGUUCUGGGUAUCGUCACCCUGGAGGACGUUAUCGAAGAAAUCAUCAAGUCAGAGAUCCUGGACGAGACUGACUUGUACACUGACAACAAGACGAAGAAGAAAAUCACCCAUCGAGAAAGGAAGCAGGAUUUCUCGGCCUUCAAGCCUACCGACAAUGAAAUGAAGGUUAAAAUAUCACCUCAGCUUCUGCUGGCUACCCUGCGUUUCCUAGCAACAGAGGUCGAACCAUUCGCACCUGUGCAAAUGUCCGAAAAGAUUCUGCUGCGCUUGUUGAAGCACCCAAACGUCAUCCAGGAGCUGAAAUACGAUGAGAAGAACAAGCGGGCGGCAGAGCACUACCUCUUCCACAGGAACAAGCCCGUGGAUUAUUUCAUCCUCAUUCUGCAGGGGAAAGUGGAGGUGGAGGCAGGAAAAGAGGGGAUGAAGUUUGAAGCGGGACCGUUCUCCUUCUAUGGGAUGAUGUCUCUGACAGCCUCUCCAGUCCCUCUGUCCCUGUCUCGUACCUUUGUGGUCAGUAGGGCUGAAUCAUUAGCAGGAUCUCCAGAAAAUAAAUCUCCUCCACGGCCAUUUGGACUCAACCACUCAGACUCUCUGAACAGGGGUGAUCGCAUAGACGCCAUCACCCCGACUCUGGGCAGCAGCAACAACCAGCUCAACUCCUUCCUGCAGAUCUACGUACCUGAUUACUCAGUCAGAGCACGCUCAGACCUGCAGUAUAUAAAGGUAACACGCCAACAGUACCAGAACGCCGUGAUGGCAUCACGGAUGGACAAGACGCCCCAGUCCACAGACAGUGAAUUCACUAAGAUUGAGCUCACGCUGACGGAACUCCACGAUGGAGUGGAGACCCCAACCGUCGUCACUACCACAGCCAGCACCACUAGCACCACCCCUGCUGUGACCAUCGCUGUGGCCAACGAGACGUCCCACCUGCUCAACCAGCAGCAGAACUGUGUGGGCCUCAGCAGGAGCAACCACAGCGCCCACAACGAGGGACCCAUCUAG